AUCACAUCUAAGCAUCGUAAGUUAGUCAACAUGGGCAUAGUCAAUCGUAAUCACGGAUGAACAUCGACAAAAGAAUGGAUGCAUGCUGGAUUUUUUUUUCAGAUGGAUGGAUGAAUGGAUACGUGAUUUGGACAAGUUCGAUUUGAAUGACACGACGAUGUCACGCUAGUUUUCUUUGUCAUUGCACGCUUGAUGGGGUUCUUUAGUCGCGCGGGAGUGACAUGCAUGCACCAUUCUUUUGAAUCGAGUUCAUUCAGCGAUUAUUAUGGUUGGUUUAUUGAGUAAGAUACUCAUCAUGGCUCGUUAGAUGUCCGCCCCCGUUGAAGAGAAGCCCGUCGAGCAGCAGGUCGCCGAGGAACAAGUUGAAAACACCACUGUUGCCGAUACUCCCCAGUCCCGUGGUGAAAAGAAGGCUCGCAAGACCAUCUUGAACAACGGCUUGAAGCCCGUCGCUGGUAUCACCCGCGUUACUUUCACUCGUGGUCGCGGUGUUGUCUUCGCCAUCACCAGACCUGAUGUGUACAAGAGUGUCAACUCUGACACCUACAUCGUUUUCGGUGAAAUGGAAAUGGAAAACAUGCAAGCCCGUGCCCAGCAGGCUGCUGCUCAACAGCUCGCUGCUGAAGCUGCUGCCAAGGCCGAAGAAGCUGAAGCUGCUGCUCCUUCCGCUGAUGCCGCUGCUGAGGAAGAGGAUGAUGAAGAAGUCGAUGCUACUGGUGUUGAGGAGAAGGACAUCGAAUUGGUUGUCAGCCAGGCCAAUGUCUCCCGCAACAAGGCUAUCAAGGCUUUGAAGAACAACAACAACGAUAUCGUCAAUGCUAUCAUGGAACUCACCAUCUAAAGACAUUGUGUUGUGCAACCGAUAAAAAACAAUCUAAUAAACACCAUUUGCAAAGUCUACGUCUUUCAA